GACAGCGCCUCCGCGGCAAGUAGCAUGGAGGUGACGGACCGCAUCGCCUCCCUGGAGCAGCGGGUCCAGAUGCAAGAGGACGACAUCCAGCUGCUGAAGUCGGCUCUGGCCGACGUGGUGCGGCGGCUGAACAUCACGGAGGAGCAGCAGGCCGUGCUCAGCAGGAAAGGACCUACCAAAGCAAGACCCCUGGUGCAGACCUUGCCUUUAAGAACCACCGUCAACAACGGCACCGUGUUACCAAAGAAACCCAGUGGCUCUCUGCCGUCCCCCUCCGGGACCAGGAAAGAAACUGCUAUGCCGGCAAUAACCAAAAGCACCAUCAAGAGGACCAGCUCUUCGGAACGCGUGUCCCCCGGCGGCCGAAGGGAAAGCUACGGGGACUCCAAAGGCAACCGGAACCGCACGGGGUCCACCAGCAGCUCUUCGAGCGGCAAAAAGAACAGCGAAAGCAAACCCAAGGAGCCCGUCUUCAGUGCGGAAGAGGGCUACGUGAAGAUGUUCCUCCGCGGCCGCCCGGUCACCAUGUACAUGCCCAGGGACCAGGUGGAGUCCUACAACUUGGAAGCCAAAGUGGACCUUCCAACCAAGAGGCUCAAGCUGGAGUGGGUCUACGGGUACAGGGGCCGGGACUGUCGGAACAACCUGUACCUGCUCCCGACGGGCGAGACGGUGUACUUCAUCGCGUCCGUGGUCGUGCUGUACAACGUGGAGGAGCAGCUGCAGAGGCAUUACGCCGGCCACAAUGACGACGUGAAGUGCCUAGCAGUUCAUCCGGAUAAGAUUACAAUAGCAACAGGACAAGUCGCGGGCACUUCCAAGGAUGGGAAACAAUUGCCCCCACACGUGCGCAUCUGGGACUCUGUGACACUGAACACCCUGCACGUCAUUGGGGCCGGGUUUUUUGACCGAGCCGUCACCUGCAUCGCGUUCUCCAAAUCUAAUGGAGGGAGCAACCUGUGUGCUGUGGACGAUUCCAACGACCACGUGCUGUCGGUGUGGGACUGGCAGCGGGAGGAGCGGCUGGCGGACGUCAAGUGCUCCAAUGAAGCUGUGUUUGCCGUGGACUUCCACCCCACCGACACCAACAUCAUCGUCACCUGCGGAAAAUCACACCUCUACUUUUGGACGCUAGAAGGAAACUGCCUCAUUAAGAAGCAAGGAUUGUUCGAGAAGCAAGAGAAGCCAAAGUUUGUUCUCUGUGUGACUUUUUCUGAAAACGGCGACACCAUUACCGGAGACUCGAGUGGCAACAUCCUGGUCUGGGGAAAAGGUACGAAUCGAAUAAGCUAUGCCAUUCAAGGGGCCCACGAGGGUGGUAUUUUUGCACUUUGUAUGUUAAGGGACGGCACCCUGGUGUCGGGAGGCGGGAAGGACCGGAAGCUCAUUUCUUGGAAUGGAAACUAUCAGAAACUUCAUAAAACUGAGAUUCCAGAACAGUUUGGUCCGAUACGGACGGUGGCCGAGGGGAAAGGCGACGUGAUCUUGAUAGGCACCACCAGGAACUUUGUCCUGCAGGGCACGCUGUCAGGGGACUUCUCGGCCAUCACUCAGGGUCACACUGACGAGCUCUGGGGACUGGCCAUCCACGCCUCCAAGCCCCAGUUCCUGACCUGUGGGCACGACAGACAUGCCACUCUCUGGGACGCCGUCGGUCACCGGCCCGUCUGGGACAAGAUAAUAGAGGAUCCAGCUCAGUCUUCUGGUUUUCAUCCUUCAGGGUCUGUGGUUGCAGUUGGAACACUGACCGGGAGGUGGUUUGUGUUUGACACAGAAACAAAAGACUUGGUCACCGUGCACACGGAUGGGAACGAGCAGCUGUCCGUCAUGCGGUACUCGCCAGACGGGAAUUUCUUAGCAAUAGGCUCCCAUGACAACUGUAUCUAUAUCUACGGAGUCAGUGACAAUGGGCGGAAGUACACACGAGUCGGCAAAUGCUCGGGUCAUUCCAGCUUCAUUACUCACCUGGACUGGUCUGUAAACUCACAGUUCCUCGUGUCAAAUUCUGGAGACUACGAAAUCCUUUACUGGGUUCCCUCCGCAUGCAAGCAAGUCGUCAGUGUGGAAACUACAAGAGACAUCGAGUGGGCUACAUACACCUGCACUUUGGGAUUCCACGUCUUUGGAGUGUGGCCUGAAGGCUCGGACGGGACCGACAUCAAUGCCGUCUGUCGGGCCCACGAGAAGAAAGUCCUGUCGACGGGCGAUGACUUCGGCAAAGUGCACCUCUUCUCUUACCCUUGUUCGCAGUUCAGG